CUAUUUUCAAAGCCUCGCCUCCUCUCUUCACAAGAAAAAUCUCCCUCGGUGUUCUGCAGUUCAUUUUCAAAGCAGAGAGAAAGUCGGAGAGAAUUACCACUCUCUCCAAUAAUCUCUCGUGGUCGCCAAUCAUCACUAAUCUCACAGUUUCCUCAUCGAAGGGGAAGUCAAAAUGGUUGAUCAGGUUCGGCAUCCUACUGUCAUGCAGAAGGUAACUGGACAGCUCCUUCAUUCAAAGAUUUCUCAAGGUCCUCAAGGUUUUGAUGGAGCGCUCCAGAGGCCUGCCUUAUACCAAAAACGCACUACAUAUGGGAACUAUUCCAAUGCUGCAUUCCAGUAUCCAAUGGUGCCAGCAUGCAGGGCUACCACUGAUUUGUCAAUGGUUACACCCACUGCAUCUCCUGUAUUUGUACAGGCUCCUAAAGAGAAAGGAUUGGCUGGCUUUGCUGUUGAUUUCCUCAUGGGUGGAGUUUCUGCUGCUGUAUCUAAGACAGCUGCUGCUCCAAUUGAGCGUGUUAAGCUUUUGAUUCAAAAUCAAGAUGAGAUGAUCAAGAGUGGCAGGCUUUCUGAACCAUACAAGGGGAUUGGCGAUUGCUUUAAAAGAACAAUCAAGGAUGAGGGGAUUGUUUCAUUGUGGAGAGAUACUGCCAAUGUUAUCCGUUACUUCCCAACUCAUGCGUUAAACUUCGCAUUCAAGGAUUACUUCAAGAGGCUUUUCAACUUCAAGAAAGACAGGGAUGGCUACUGGAAGUGGUUUGCUGGCAAUUUGGCAUCGGGUGGUGCUGCUGGGGCUUCUUCCCUUCUCUUUGUCUACUCACUGGAUUAUGCUCGAACCCGCUUGGCCAACGAUGCAAAAGCUGCUAAGAAGGGAGGCGAGAGGCAGUUCAAUGGUUUGGUAGAUGUCUACAGAAAGACAAUGAAGUCUGAUGGUAUUGCUGGGCUGUACCGUGGAUUUAACAUCUCUUGUGUUGGAAUCAUUGUUUACCGUGGUCUGUACUUCGGAAUGUACGAUUCCCUGAAGCCAGUUGUUCUGACUGGAAAGUUGCAGGAUAGUUUCUUCGCUAGCUUUGCCCUUGGUUGGCUCAUCACCAACGGUGCAGGUCUUGCAUCCUACCCAAUUGACACUGUCCGCAGAAGAAUGAUGAUGACCUCUGGUGAAGCUGUCAAAUACAAGAGCUCUCUCGAUGCAUUCUCUCAGAUCAUUAAGAAUGAGGGUGUGAAAUCCCUGUUUAAGGGGGCUGGAGCAAACAUUCUCCGUGCCGUUGCAGGUGCUGGUGUGCUUGCUGGUUAUGACAAGUUGCAGUUAAUUGUCUUCGGAAAGAAGUACGGAUCUGGUGGUUCUUAAUCUGCUAAUCAAAAGUUAUAGGGUACAUCUCGGUUUUUGGGUUCUGUUUAGUGAUAGAUGGUGAUGAAAAUCUUACUUUGGGGAAUAUUAUUAUUCCCUUCAAAUUUUCAUGAAAAAAUAAUUCUUCAUUAGGAGUGGUUACCUCCUGGGACGGAUUUAAUUUUAUUUGGAAGUUUUUGGUUCUUAGAAACCUGAUUCUAUAAGAGUUGUGGCUGAUGCAACUCCCGGAUCUUUGAAGUUUUCAAUUGUUGAAUUGAGAGAUUUAUUUAAAUGCAGAUUUUGUUAAUGUUAGUGUCUUAAUAAAUUAGUCACCGUGUUGCGAUGAA